AAACUAAAAUCAAAGGACCACAUUUUUUUUUCGCAAUAUUACAAAAAUGAAUAAAAUGGCAAAUAUUAUUCUAUCGUUCGUAUUUUAUCCAUCCACGACUUAUAUAUUUCAUCUUUAUUCAUUUCAUAUUUAAAUCUAACUAAAGAAACAAAACUUAGAUGAACGAAUGUUUGAUAAUUUUUUUUGGUGUUUAGUCAUUUUCAUUUCGGUUUUAUCCAUCCAUGACUUAUUCGUUUAUUAUUAAAACAACAAUAAUAAAUGAUUUUUUUGGUAAUAUAAGUAUACUAGUAAUGAUAUGAACGAAUGUUUUGGGGUAUUAUUAGUCAUUUUCAUUUCUAAUGACAGAUUUAUAUAACUGUAAAAUGAAUUAGACAAAAGAUUCUUGUAAAAAUAAAAGAUUAGUGGUGCACCCCGAUUAAUCAUAUAAAUGAUUCAAUUAAUCAAAGGUAUCUUCUUUAUGAGUUAUGAUGAAUCUAUUUCUAUUUUUAGAUAAGCAAUAAUUCAUUCUUUCAAAGAAUCAAACAUUGUAGUUAUAUCAAAAACUGAAACAAUCAAGCAUAUAAGUAAACUAUUACUUUAGUCGUACACAAAACGGUUAAUUAUACUCUCUCCCUCCCAAGUUACAUGAUGUUUUUAGCAAUAUACGAUUCCUUACUUUAUCAAGAUUUCAAAAUAUCUCGAUUUUAGUUCAAGACUAAUUUCCACCUAUAGCACACAAAAUUAGUGAUUAGCGAUAAUCGCUUACCUUAAAAAAAUACAAAAACAAACGCAAUAUCUAUCAAUUAACCACCUUUCUUUAUACAAACCUAUAUACAUUUAGAUAAAUAUAGAAAUGCAUUAUCUUUCAAACUUAUUCUCAUCAUCAAGCAUACGUUGACGGCUCGUCCAAAGAUGAAAUCUUUGUUGUUCUUGGUCUUGUUAUGUUUGUUUCGAAUAAACAAUUUAGGUUUUUGCUUAGAAGAAGAAGCUCGAAAGGAUAACAACGGAGUUGGAAGCCCUGGAUUCACAAGUGUCACUAGUUUCGGAGCUAUUGGCGAUGGAAAGACCGAUGAUACUAAGGCUUUUCUUAAGGCAUGGGAAGCUGUAUGUAAAGGAAGAAGUAAAGGCAAAUAUACAAAGAUUCUAGUGCCUCAAGGGCAAACAUUCAUGCUUAAGCCUCUUGCAUUCGUCGGUCCAUGCAACUCUUCCUCUAUCUCCUUUAUGAUAAAAGGUAAUCUUGUGGCACCGAGUUACACUUGGUAUGCGGGAACAUACCCAACAUGGAUUCAUUUUGACAGUAUCAACCGCCUAGUUGUCACCGGAGGUGGCACCAUAGAUGGUCGUGGUUCUUUGUGGUGGGGUAACGUUCAUAAACGCCCCUCCGCAAUGAACUUCAACAACUGUAAUGGUCUUAGGAUUUCUAAUCUCCGGCACUUGAACAGCCCUCGGAGUCAUGUAGGACUAAGUUGUUCAAAGAACAUCGAGGUCUCGGAUCUAAAUAUGACUGCACCCGGCGAUAGUCCCAACACCGAUGGUAUUGACAUAUCAAACUGUAAAAAAGUUAACAUACACGACUCAGUGAUUGCCACUGGAGAUGACUGCAUUGCCAUUAAUAGUGGUUCAUCUGAUAUUAACAUAACCGGCAUUUUCUGUGGCCCUGGUCAUGGCAUCAGUGUAGGAAGCCUUGGAGUAAAUGGAGAUCUCGCAACCGUUGAAGAAGUUAGGGUAAAGAACUGCACUUUUACAAACACUCAGAACGAUGUCCGAAUCAAGACAUACCAGAACGGAUCAGGAUAUGCUAGGAAAAUCUCAUUCAUGGAUAUUCACAUGGUUGCAUCCGAAAACCCUAUCAUAAUCGACCAGAGCUAUCACAAUGGUGGCACAAAUGGAGGAAAGGGCAAGUCAUCUAAUAAAUAUCAAAAUUGUCAUUUGGCAAGACCAAAGUCUCAGACCGGUAAUGGCAAAGGAGUGAAAGUGAGCGACGUGCGUUACACUAGAAUACACGGGUCAUCAGCGAGCGAUCAAGCUAUCACAUUGAACUGCGAUGCAGACUUGGGAUGUGUUGGUAUUGUGAUGGACAAUGUGAAUAUGGUCUCAGCCACAACAGGUCACAAGGUGUUUGCUUCAUGCAAAAAUGCUCAUGGGUCUUUUUAUGAUUCGAAAGUGACUUGUCUUAAAAAGUACUAUCUAUGAUUCUUGUAAUAUAUCUUUUCAUGGUGAAACUGAAAUCCAUUCCAGGGAACUUGGAAGAACCAAAAAAGAAAAUGGAUUCUUCUCAUUUUUGUUAGAAGAGAACCGUUUUAAUCCCAGUUUAAUUCGGCUAGAAAAAGUUUAA